AUGCCCGCGAAACUGCGCAAUGCGCUCCAACGGAGCCUAUCGCGCCCUCUAGACAGCACCGGUGUCUUCUACUGCCCUUCCUGCUCAACCUGGCGCCGAGCGCUCUCAACGCGUGCCGCCAGCAACGCCAAAAUCGAGACUACGCGCCGAAACCCUCACCUCCUACAUACUGUGCCGAACAGUCGCACUCGGCCUUUCACAACGUCACCUGCUAUCUCUGCGGGCAAGACAGUUCCACCGCGGUUCAAGGAGUUGUAUGAUGCUUUGAGUGGAGUCAAAGAUGCGGCUAUCGAGCAGGUUAGCGUGAGUCGGUUGUCGCUUGCACUGCGUGGGUUGGAGUCGGAGGAGCCUUUGAUUCGCGUUGCUGUACUCGGUUUGGAUAAUGCAGAUGCUGCGCGCAAGUUGGUUCGGCUGCUUCUGGCUGACCCCUUGGGCCCACGGGAGAGCUGGGAAGAUAUACUGGAGGGCUACGACUCUGACCCUGCGCGGGGACUGCUCAUUCGCUACGGCGAGGUCUCCGAGUCUAUCCCAAAUGAUCUCCUGCCUACCAUCGCGGUCCGUUCGCCUAUCCUGAAAAAGGGUAAUCUUGAAAUUCUCGUUAGCUCUAUUGGCUCUGAGCCAGACACAUCCAGUGCAGCUCUAUCUGCCGAGUCGUUCCUCGUGCCGAACGUCACCAUUCAAACAUCACACUCUGGGCGGCAAAAUGUCGUACGAUAUCCGGUGCAUCGCAGUAUCAUUUGCGGCACUGGUGUCGAUGGCAUGCUUGCUUUUAGUACAUUGAUGGGUCGGUCAAAUCUGCAGAAUGAGGUAGCAUCCGUACGCGGUGCCAUCGAGCUUUCCGUGGCAGAUCAAAAACGUGGCAGUGAUCGUCUGUCCUUUGUUGAUCUUGAACGUGCGACUACGGCCUUGAACAAAAUUCGUGAGUCCGUUCAAAAUGCCUCUGCAUACGAGCGCGGAUGGAAUGGUAGCGGCGUGCAGCCUGUCAUCGAUUGGCUUUCAACAACUUCUCAAGCAGCGAGCAAAGAAGCUCUGAACCCUGCACUCGCUCCCCUCGUUGAGUCAUUACUUGAUGCUGCUGAGCAGGGAGUCGUUAUUAGGGACGCCGAGGCGCUUCACAACCAGUCAGCAGGUGUCACUCCUCCCGAGGUCCGCUCUCAGCUUGAGAACGGAAUCAGUACGUGGGCGGAGCAAGCACACUCUGAGUUACGCAGCUCGCUGGAAGCAGGCUUUGCCAGUCCACGCUGGCGCGGCCUAGCAUGGUGGAAGCUCUUUUGGCGCGUCGACGACGUGAGUAUGAUCACGUCCGAGAUCCUGGAUAAGCGAUUCCUGCACCGCGCAGAGCGCGAAGUCAUCUGGACGUCUGGCAAGUACCAGCAGGCUGGCCUGCUGGAGGAAGCCUCUGCUUCUGCCGGAUCCGAGUCCACCUCCGAGACUGUCCCUGCCAAGUCGACUCCGCCUCCCUGGCCAACCCAGAUCCCCGAAAUGCGCCACAAGCUUCUCACUACCACCGUCCCCUCCCUCCAGGCCCUCGCACAGAGCCUCGUCCUCUUCAGCAUCUCCACCACGACGCUGACCUCCCUCCUCUCCGCUCUUACAUAUGUCUCCGUACCGUCCGCCUCGGUCUACGAAUCUUGUACCCUGGCUACGAUCGGUCUUAUCUACUCGCUGCGCCGCCAGCAGAAGAAGUGGGAUGUCGCGCGAGACUUCUGGGAGGAAGAAGUUCGCGAUGAAGGCCGCACGGCACUGCUGGAGACAGAGGCGCUUUUGCGUAAGAUUGCGCGUGAGGGUGGUAAGGAUCUUGAAGACUUGUCUGAUCACCGGACGCGGGAGUUGAUUGCGCGUGCCAGAAAGGCUCUGGAAAGUGUUAGAGCUUGA